UGGAGGUGUACCGUAGCCUGUAAAAAGCAGCGUACAAUUCUGCCUCGCUGUCCAGCAUGUGAAGGAGUUGUGGUUCCGUUCUCCCAUUCAUUCAUUCAUUGAUUCAUUCGUUCAUUCAUUCCCUUUCUGUCUCUCUCUCUUUCUCAGCAUUUGCCAGUACUGUUGUUGCUACCAUUUAAACCCAAGCCCAACUGGCACCUUUUGGUUCACUCUCAUUGAGAGCCAGCCGAACGGGGUACGUCAGGACAAAACAGGUCUUAGAUUUGAGCCUGAUUCUCUCCUUUGGUCUUUUCCUCCUCCUCCUCCUCUUCUUCUGCUUUUUCUUCAGUACAGAGGAGCCAAAUUUAGCUGGUUUUCUCUCUUCAUUUUUUUUCUUUCCUCUCUUGAUUCACUUAGUCCAGAAAGAAAUAGUAACAGAAAAAAAUGGACUACUUUGUGGCUAGCACUCCUAAAUCAGAGUGCAGCAGCGGAUGUGAGUCUGGCUGGACUCUGUACUUGGGCAACUCCUUUAUUUCUUCGCAUAGUAAUAGAGAAAAUGGUAAUUUUGUUGAUGGAAAGCGUGGUUUUAGUGAAGAAAAGAGAAGUGAGGAAGAGGAGGAGGAUUUGUCAAUGGUUUCUGAUGCAUCUUCUGGACCUCCACAUUGCCCUGAAGAAGAAGACUGCAUGUCCAAUAUUAAUGACAACAAUGCUGCUCGCUGCUUUUUCCAUGCUGGUGAUGCCACCACAUUAUGCAAAAGCAGAAGCCGCAAAAAGCAGAAAACUUUAGAAAAUCACUGCCGGAUGAAGAAGGCAGUCCGUGAAAAAUCAUCUUUACUAGAUGAUACUGCCAGUUCUCCUGUCUUCGAAAUGGACCUCCCCGAUGUCAGUUCUGAUCAUUAUAAAGUUGCAUCGAGAAAAGAUUUCAACCUCCCCAACAAUCAUGGUUCAGCUGAGAUGGUUUUAGAUUUUUCUCAGGGCUAUUCUACAACCCAUUUCGAGGAGGAAAGCUCUGCAUACCACUUGCAGGAUCAAUACGGUUUUUUCCAUUCUUCUUUAUCUGGAAACUAUCUGCCUGAAAACCAGUGGUAUGGAAGCAGGGGGUGGCAGCGGUGACAUGAAACUGUCUGCAACAUUCAGCAAUUUGUUGCUGCUGCUGACGAUGAAUAUGUAGUUGUAGUAGGUAGACUGGAGGAAAGGUCAUCAAAAAUUAUGUACCCCAAAAAAAUAGAAAAAGAAAAAAAAAGGUUGUCGAAAAUGCAAAAGUAACUGGAUCUCAAAAGAGAUCUUGUUGCUCUCCCUUUCUUCCUUUUUUUUGUUUUUUGUUUUGUUUUUAAUGUCUUUUUCUUUUCUUUUCCCUACUGCUGCCAAUGCAGUGGUGAACAACCAGAGAGAGGGAGAAAAAUAAAAAAAAGGUGUGGGGAUCAGUUUCUUGUUUCUCGAAAAAAUUCCAUUUUCUUGUCAA